AUGGCCUUGUGGAGUUCCUUGUCUUGUCUUUUCCCCCUCCUUGGCCUCCUGUCCCUCCUCCUCCGCCACCCCACCACCACCGCCACCGCCAUCCGCCUCCACGCCGUCCAAAACCCGACCGCCGCCGCUGCUGUCGACACAAUCCCGGCCUUCCACGAGGCCCCGGCAUUUCGGAACGGGGACGCAUGCUCGUCGUCGGACCCGGAAGACAUAAUCCACAUCGUCAUGCCCCUUGAUGUCAACUACAUCCGCGGCACGAUGGCCGCGGUUCUGUCGGUCUUGCAGCACUCGACGUGCCCGGAGAAUGUCUCGUUCCAUUUCCUCACCAUCCAUCUUGACCCGGAGAUGAACUCGCUGAUCAAAUCGACGUUCCCGUACCUCACGUUCAAGAUGUAUGAAUUUGACCCGAGCCGGGUUCAGGACAAGAUUUCCAAGUCGAUCCGGCAGGCCCUCGACCAGCCCCUCAACUACGCCCGAAUCUACAUGUCCGACAUCCUCCCCCACGACGUCAGCCGCGUCAUCUACAUGGACUCCGACAUCAUCGUCGUCGACGACAUCGCCAAGCUGUGGAAGGUCGAUUUGGGCGACAGGGUGCUCGCCGCUCCCGAGUACUGCCACGCCAACUUCACCAACUACUUCACCGACGCGUUCUGGUCGGACGUCAACCUGGCCAGAACGUUCGAGGGUCGUCGGCCGUGCUAUUUCAACACGGGGGUUAUGGUCGUCGACAUCGACGAGUGGAGAAAAGGAGGGUACACACAGAAGGUGGAGGAAUGGAUGGCAGUACAGAAGCAGAAGAGGAUUUAUCACCUGGGUUCGUUGCCGCCGAUGCUGCUCGUUUUCGCCGGCAACAUCAAGGAAGUCGAUCACAGGUGGAACCAGCACGGCUUGGGCGGGGACAACCUCGAAGGGAGGUGCCGGAGUCUCCACCCGGGCCCGAUCAGCCUCCUACAUUGGAGCGGAAAGGGGAAGCCAUGGCUGAGGUUGGAUUCGAGGAGACCGUGUACGGUCGAUUAUCUAUGGGCACCCUAUGAUCUAUAUCGUUCGUCUAGAGUCGCGCUAGAAGAAUGA